GCGAGGACCCGUAGUGACGUCAGCUCAUGGAAAGUGUCAGAGUGGCAAGAUGGCGACGGAACCAAAUAAGACAGAGAUCCUCACCAUCUUCAAGAGGCUGAGAUCUGUUCCCACCAACAAGGCAUGUUUCGACUGCGCUGCUAAGAACCCCAGCUGGGCGAGUAUCCCCUACGGCGUGUUCCUGUGCAUCGACUGCUCGGGCAUCCACCGCUCCCUGGGCGUGCACCUCAGCUUCAUCAGGUCCACUGAGCUAGACUCCAACUGGAACUGGUUUCAGCUCAGAUGUAUGCAGGUUGGAGGCAACGCCAACGCGACGUCUUUCUUCCGCCAGCAUGGCUGCUCUACAAACGACACCAAUGCCAAGUAUAAUAGCCGAGCAGCCCAGAUGUACAGGGAGAAGGUUCGGCAGCAAGCUAAUGCUGCGUUGUCUAAAUAUGGCUCCGAUCUCUGGAUCGACUCUUCUGCAGGAAGCACCCCAGCUGCUCCCGAGAAGAAGGAGACCGAUUUUUUUGCCGAGCAUACACAGGCUGCUAACGACUGGAGUAUGGCGCCGCCCUCCGAGCCCGAGCAGAACGGAGCCAACCUCUCCCAGCUCACAGACACGACACCCAAAGUCCAGGAUGGCUCCCAGCUGGAGGAAGGACCCAGCAUCGAGGGUCUGAGCACGUCUCCCAAAGCCUCCAUGGACGACUCCAUGCGUUUGUCGUCCCAGGAAGGACGAACACUUGGAGAUGUGAAAACGUCCCUCAUUGGAAAGAAGAAGCCCAUGGCUGCCAAGAAAGGGCUGGGGGCCAAGAAGGGCCUGGGAGCCCAGAAGGUGAGCAGCAAGAGUUUCUCUGAGGUGGAGAAACAGGCACAAGUAGCCGAGAAGCUCCGAGAGGAGCAGGUGGCCGAUGCAAAGAAACAAGCCGAGGAAUCCAUUGUGACGUCCAUGCGCUUGGCUUACAAAGAACUGGAGAUCGACAGGAAGAUGGAGGAAAAGAAAAUCCAGAAUAUGGAGGGCAAGAAGAGAGAGCAGGCCGAGAGACUGGGCAUGGGCUUCGGACAGAGAAGUGCCGUGUCUCACUCCGUGAUGUCAGAGAUGCAGGUGAUCGAGCAGGAAACUCCCGUUGGAGCCAAAUCCUCCUCUCGCUCCAAACUGGACCUGUUUGAUGAGCCGGGCUUCACGUCUGGACCGCCGAAGUAUAAGGACAACCCGUUCACGGUGGGUGAUAGCUUCGGAUCGCGGUGGGACACUGAGGGAGGAGGCUCCUCCUUCACCACCUCCUGGGCUCUGGAGAAGGAGGACCCCAAAGAGGAGGUCACCAUCUCUAGUAUUCAGCCAAUUGGAGAGAGACUUCCCAGCAGGAGGAAAGCUGAGGUGUCGGCUCCGGUGUCGGAGUCCAGUGAAGCUCGGGAGAAGUUCGCCAACGCAAAGGCCAUCUCGUCCGACAUGUUCUUUGGUCGGGAGAGCACCGCCGAGUACGAUGCUAAGACGAGACUGGAGAGCAUGUCCAACAGCACCUCCAUCAGCUCGGCUGACCUGUUUGGAGAAGACGGAGACCAUAAAGGGAGUGCAGCUGGAUAUGACGGCGUGCUCCCCUCGGGCCCCGACAUCGCACAGUUCAAACAGGGAGUGAAGAGCGUAGCGGGCAAGAUGGCCGUCCUCGCCAACGGGGUCAUGAACACGAUCCAGGAUCGUUACGGCUCCUACUGAUCGGUGGGGGGGGGGGGGGGGGGGGGACGUACGAGCGUCCUGAAGACCACGAGCAUCUGGACGGGGACACGGGAGAGACGGUUGCAUGGAGAAGACACCUCUUCUCUCUCAUCCCUCGUUCAGAGACAGUGGGACAGUAUUUGGCUCAUUAGCAGACUCGUCUUCUCUUCGGACAGGAAGCCAUCGCAGUGUCGUCUUUUUUUAAACCAGGAGUCAUGUUGUAAAAUACCACCGAGGAUUUUUUGGUCUUAGAUUUUCAAAGAGUUUACUCUUCUAUAUUUUAUUCCUUCUACAUGAAUCAAAGUGUUGUUAUUGAUGAUUAUUAUGAAAUUCUUCAUCUCUUGUUUUUAUCAUAUUAAAAAAGUCACAGUAUAUAUUUUCAUCUUUAAGCGUUCAGUGAAUCCAGUGGUUGUUGGUCUGGAUCCUUGUGUCUGUCAGGGUGAGGACUUCACUGAGACACUGGACAGUCAAACAUCCGAUGUCCUCGCUGGUUAUUUAUUGUCUCCUGAGCGUUGAACCCAGGAAGCGGAGACUUGAGCUUUGUUGGACAUUUCAACUUUAACCCCGAUGAGUGUUGAAGUCGACGUGAAUCCCGGCUCAUUAAACAACGACUCGACUGAAGCUCAACACGUUCUGUGGAACCUCCGGUUUCCCUACCUCCUCAGACUAACCUUUUAUUUUGAAAGGCCGAUGUCAGUUUACAUGUUUAUCUUUUACUUUUCAGACAUGUUGGCCGAUGAAAAGAAAAAGAGCCAGUUCAGUUCCUGUGUAACACUGACCAGGUCGCAUGCAAGUGAACACCAUCCCACUGUACUGACGCGUUAAACGCACAACUUAUAGGAAGAUUUUCCAUGACUGUUCCCCAACACAAGAAAUGACCAACAACGCAGAUUGAAAACAUUCAACUAUUUAUUUGUAGGCUACAAAAAGAAACUUAUUCAGUAUGUUAAUAAAGAUUUAAAACCUC